UCAGUUACCAACAGACCGUGCGAUCGUUCGCAUCGGAGACUUUGAGAAGCAGGAACGAGAGAAAGAGACCUCGGUAUAUGUGUAUGAAUGCGCGCGAGAGAGAGAUCGAGAUAAAAGUGCAAAAGAACGCGAGAGACGUGGAGAGAAAAAGAGAGAGAGACACGUUACAAGGCAUGCCGCACAGUCUCGCCUGAACAAAGGAAGGCUCCCUCAACCGAGGGUCGUUUCCGAUCGACGAACCGUCGGUUCCCCUUCGUUCGCCUUCGGCGCGCCUCGUGCGGCACAAGCAUUUACGAAGCGGUCAGUCACGUAGCAGCGGCCGAGCUGUGAGGAACAAAGAACGGAAGGAACAGAAAGAGAGAGUGUGCCAGCGAGAAGGAAGCGUACGUCUGUGUGAACACCGGCUCGCCCCGGUGAAUAAAACAAAGGGAAAUUGACCAGUAUUAUUGUGCUCGUUACACGCAGUUUCGUUCGUACGAAGGAAUUUCCAAUUCUGUCGGAGCGUUUUCGUGCACGAUACACGUUAUCGUUUCGCGUCGUGUCGUGUCGUGCCGUGUCGUUACAAACCCGAAGUUGACUCGAAUGCCGAAGAGGCGCUCUUUUCGCGUGUGUGCCCUUUCGUUCUCGUGUUCGCGAGCCUACUCGUCGAUCGAAGCAAGUUUCAGACAGCAAGCUGGAGAUUUUUAAUUGCCGGUCCUGUGCGUGCGGUGAGAAACGAAUUAUAGGACGUACCGGCGACCUAACCUAGAACGACCGCUCGCCGAGGGGUAGAUCGCCGCGCGUACACGUUCUUAAACAUUCGCGCGCGUACCGAAGCCACGGUGACGAAUAUAUAAAGACAAAAGUGACUGGAAGACAAGAGUCUCUGUUCGAUAUCUUUUUCUACUCACCUUUACUUUUAUGUGACAUGUCGUGCUACGAAUACGCAGUGUACGCUUGAAAAUAUACGUACGGAAUUGUUUGAUCGAAAAGAAGCGUUCUUCCGUUCGACUACGUACGGAUUAUCCUCGUUUUUACGGUGAGUUUUGUGGUAUUCUCGAGAGACGCUGCUGCGGAACUAUAAAUCUGUGGAAGCCAUUGCAAGGUUUGCCAGAAUUACGCAUUCAGGGGAUGCCGGUUGACUGAAGAUGGCCUCGCCGACACUCUCGCUGGAAUCGCGCGCGAAUUCCAUCGGAUCCCUGGCCUCGCUGUCCCCGGUCACAGUGAGCGGCAGUUCUCCGCCUGCGAGCGACUCGGCGAUCUGCGACGUCGACAGCUGCGACCUUUGCCUCGAUUCACAGAAACCUGGAGAAGCGCCCUGCCCCCGGUGCCGCUUAGGAAGCGCCGCCGGCGUCCGCUGUACCGGCUGUAAAUCCACCGAAUCCGACGCUGUAGCGCGUUGCUUCGACUGCGCGAAUUUCCUCUGUCCGAAUUGCGUGAUGGCGCAUCAGUUUAUGCACUGUUUCGAGGGCCAUCGAGUCCUGAACUUGGGCGAUUCCAAAUUAGAAACGGUCACCAGCUCAACCAGUAACAGCGAGAUGCCGAAGAACAACCUGGUCGUUAACGGUGGCAACAGCAACGGCGAGAAAGUGCUCUUCUGUUCCCGUCACAAACAAGAACUACUGAAAUACUUCUGUCGCACCUGUACGGUGUUGGUCUGCAAGGAGUGCACUAUCACCGAUCAUCCUGGUCCGUUGCACGAUUGCGCGCAUAUCUCCGAGGUCGGCACGCAGCAGCUCGAGGCGAUGGCGAGAGUGGUCCAGGAGUGUCGAGCCAAAGCGGCGGACGUGAGGGCCGCCAUCAAGGCAGCGGAUCACGGUGCAGCCCGGCUGCAAGUGCAAUAUCACAAAGCGCAAAACGAGAUCAAUGACACGUUCCAGUUCUACAGAUCAAUGCUGGAGGAGCGCAAGCAAGAGCUGUUGAAGGAGCUCGAAUCGGUAUUCUCGACCAAGCAGAUAUCUCUGGGCGUCCUGACGCAAAAGGCCAACGACAUGGCCGAUAAAAUGCUCCAAACCUGCGAAUUUGUUGAAAGAUUGACCAAAUACACAACCGUUACCGAGGUACUGAUGGUUAAAAAACUUCUGGACUCCAAACUUCAGCUGCUAUUAAAUUACACCCCGGACAUCGCCAACCAAACCGUGGACCUUGAGUUCGUGAGUAAUUAUCAAGCCAUACAAGUUGGUGUACGAAACACAUUUGGCUACGUUCGAAGUAACAACGAGAACAAUGCUGGACCCAUUGGAAAACAGCCACCUAUCGCUCGACCAACAGCGCUUACGAGCAACGGUAAUGGCGGAAACAAUGUUAAUAACGGACCAACUAACGCUGGCUCUUUGGGAGGCCUUCUUCUGGACCGACCCUACAGCAACGGCCUGAUAUCCAACUCGACCUGCACCUCAACGUCGCCCUCGUCCUUCGACACCAAUAGCAGCGUCAUCACCAAACGUUUCAGCUCGGCGAACAGCCUCGGUCCAUUCUCCACGACCAUCAGCGACCUGAAUUUGAAUGGCAUGAACGCGAAUCCCUACGAAAAAUGGAGCAACGGAGGCAGCGAUGCUUACCCGGUCGUCACCACGAAUGACCACUUCCCGAUGCCGGCAUCCGUCGCCGUCGCGGCAAACGCCGCUUCUGGAGAUUCUGUUCUCGACCUAACCACGAAGCUCAUGUCUGCCGCGGCGAUAUUCCCACCUAAGUCACAGAUUAAACGACAGAAGAUGAUUUAUCAUUGUAAGUUUGGAGAGUUUGGAGUCAUGGAGGGUCAAUUUACCGAACCGUCUGGAGUAGCAGUGAACGCGCAGAACGACAUUAUUGUCGCCGACACGAACAAUCAUCGCAUCCAGAUCUUCGAUAAGGAGGGCAGGUUCAAGUUCCAGUUCGGAGAGUGCGGCAAACGGGAUGGCCAACUGUUGUAUCCGAACAGAGUAGCCGUAGUGAAGACGUCCGGUGAUAUCAUCGUCACCGAACGCUCACCGACGCAUCAGAUUCAGAUAUAUAAUCAGUAUGGUCAGUUCGUGCGCAAAUUCGGGGCGAACAUUUUGCAGCAUCCGCGCGGGGUGACGGUCGAUACGAAAGGACGCAUCGUCGUCGUCGAGUGCAAGGUGAUGCGCGUGAUAAUUUUUGACCAGGCCGGCAACGUACUCCAGAAGUUUGGAUGCUCAAAGCACCUGGAGUUCCCGAACGGUGUGGUCGUAAACGACAAGCAGGAGAUAUUCAUUAGCGACAAUCGUGCCCACUGCGUGAAAGUGUUCAACUACGAGGGCGCCUAUCUGCGCCAAAUUGGCGGAGAAGGGAUCACGAACUACCCUAUCGGGGUAGGCAUCAACGCAGUCGGCGAAAUACUGAUAGCAGACAAUCACAACAACUUCAACUUGACGAUCUUCACGCAAGACGGUCAACUGGUGUCCGCCCUCGAGAGCAAGGUCAAGCACGCCCAGUGCUUCGACGUCGCCCUGAUGGACGACGGAUCGGUCGUGUUGGCCAGCAAGGAUUACCGACUUUACAUUUAUCGUUACGUACAAGUACCGCCGAUCGGCAUGUAGAGCAUCGACAAGCCGCGACGCCGGCGAUGAUCGUCGACCGUCGUACUCAUCGUUGCCGUCGUCUCGACGGCUCCCAGACCAGGAUCUCAUCGAUCAUUUUUAAUAUUACACUUGCCUAUCUUCUUCUUCGCCCACCUAACAUCACCGCUCGUGCUCACUUCGCCUAUCUACCUUCGCCCGCUCGACCCACCUUACUCCCGCCGAUCACGAGGAACGAUCUGUAAGCGCACACGAGCGAAACCAAGUGUUAAUCGAGUUAUCGAGACUCAAUACGACGGGUUUUACUUUAUCGGCUACUUUCGCGCAACUUACGUUGAUCGCGAGUCCUCGACGUUUCCUGGAACAAAGAAAAACGAGGGAAAAAGGGGAGAAAAGGAAAGUACCCGAUGGUGAAUGAACGCUCGCGCGACCCGUACGCAUGCGCGAUCGCGUCUCCAACUAGUGUGCAUGCGCACGCUGCCGCGCACGCGCACGACACGUUAAAGGAUGAAAGCAUCAGAGGCGAUUUCGGGAACGCCAAUUUUGUUGCGUGCGUUUACGUACGCGAACACUGAAAGCCACACGAGACGCGUUAAAGCGCGUACACGCGGAAAAACUUACUUGUUAAUGUUGUUAUAUCUGAAAAUACUGUUGUUGUUGUUUAGUUGUAGAGCUCGCCGCCGCUAGUCACUCCACCCUGUCCUAACCUCUCUCGUGCCGCCGUCCCGUCCCUCGUCAAUCCUUUCCCCGAUCCGAUUUUUUUAUUUUCUACUUUCGUGCAAAACUUCCUUUUUUCCUUCUCGAUCGAAAGCAAGCGAGGGGCGUUUUCUUUUUUUGUUUUCUCUAUCGGAUGUAUCACGUUCCUACACGUAUCUUCCUGGAAUCGUGCGAACGAACGUAUACCCGUCCGGUUCUUCUUCUGACUGUCGAUUCUUUCGAUUUGGCUUGGGACUUAAACUCGGCUUACUUAUUCUUCGUUUUUAACUCUGAUCCAAAGCGAAAGAAUUCCGCCAUUUUGACGCCGCUGGAUCGCAGAGAAUCGAGGCGCACGAGAGCUUGUUUCGUCGCUCUCUCUCUAUCUCUUCCUCUCACGUACGAGCAUACGAAAAUAAUAAAGAUAGCACGAAGUAAGGUGGUCAUUUUGUUUAGGAACAGUUUCGAUCGACGUCCGGCCGUUUAACGACGUUCGUUUCGAGAUUCUCCAGUUUAACGGACAUCGAUGGUCCUUUCCCACUCAAUCCUUUCCCUUCGUCCUCACACGUCGUUUUAUUAUUAUUUCUUUUUUAAGUGAUUAAGCGAAUAUACGUACGUGUUUUUUUUUCCUUCUUGACGAAGCAUUUGAUAACUAUGACAGUGACGCAACAGUCCAACGCCGUUUACUUUGACCUUCUCUUAGUUCCCUUUCAUUUCAUUCUCUUUUGUUUUGCUUAAGUUUGUUUCUGUUGUUUGUUCCGUUCCCUUGACGAUCGGUUACACAAGGAUUAUGUAGUCCUCGUCACGAGACAAUGUCAUAAUUGUUUCGUCAUCUUGUAAUGCGCACGUGGGCCUUACGAACGACGUUGACGCGCGUGCACGUGCGUUGUUGGUCAGAGCCAAUCAGAGCCUGCCUGCGCAGAACAAACUGCGUAGACGUACCUUUUCCCGUGACGAGGACUAACUCGUGUUGCGAAGGAAGAUGAGAAGCAAGAAACGUUCUCUUUUAAUUGAAAUAUCCAUUGAAAGGAGUUGACAUUCUCUUUUUUUCUUUCCUGCUCGUCUUCCGAUCUUCGAGGUAACAAAAAUGUUUGAUCGACGAACGAUAAACCGUCGAUCCAACAUUUUGUUUCUAUUAUUCCUUCGACCCGAUCUUUAAUCGUAGUGGUGUUAACGUAGCGAGUAGCCGUAGUGAGUUAUGGUAACGACGUAAGGAACUUUCAUUUCCUGUGCCUGCUCUCUUUUUUGUAAUUUUGAGUACCAUCUUGCCCCCUCUCCCGUCAAAAUUACCCCUCACCACCACCUUCAUCCAAAACCGACGCUAUUAUUUACCUUGCUGUUUUUAAACAUUCAAAAUUGUGUAUCAUUUCUUUAGUACCAUCAGUAAAAAACGAAUUUGCGUUAGGGACUUUUUUUGAAUUUGAUUGUAUAUUAUUAAUAUAUUUUGUUGGACGAGUCGACGAUGAAAGGAGCCACGAUAGCUCUAUGCAUGUUUGCUAUUAAAUUUUUUUUAAUAGUAAAAUUUAUUAUUAUUAUAUUAUAUUAUUCUAUUAUUAUUUUUUAUUAUUAUCACCGUCAUUAUCAUCAUUACCAUCAUCAACGACAUUAUUAAUUAUUAUUAUUAUUAUUAUUAUUAAUAUUAUUAUUAUUGUAUGUAUGUGUGAAUGUAUGUACGCAUUAUGAUUUUUAUAUAUUCAUUUAAGUGCCUCGACACCACGGGUCACGAAAGCGUUACAAUCUUUUUAAAGCAUAUCUCUGAUACGAGGAACGUAACAUCUUUCAAAGAAAAGAUCAAGAAAAGUGUUAUUUGUAACGAGGCUAGCUGGCGUUCGUUCAUUAAAAAAUGAGUUCACGAAUUAUACGAAGAAGUUUCGAGAUGGUGGAAAAUUUUCUAGCGUGUCGAAUAUUAACCCUCAAACGACGGGUCAACGAAUCACUAACAACUCAGGGUUGGAUCUAGAAGUUUCUCUCAGCGAAAUUAUUUUUCUCGAUAAACGUAGGAGUCUAAACAAUAAUUUAUUGUACUAAGAAAGGAAAGAAGCUCGAUUGGCCACUGUAAUUUUAGUUUACAAUCUGCAACAAAUGUUUGGAGAAUUGCGAAAUUUUCUGAAGUGGUAAAUUAGGGCGUUAUCGUUCACUGGAUACGACCCUGGAACAAUUCAAAUUUGAUUUUGAACACUUACCCAUGUUCGUUAUUUCAAUUUUGAAUUAUUCAUUCAGAUAUUUCGUAAUGUAAAUUAAUUUCUAUAAAAUUUUGAAAUUUUUAUCGCUAUGGCCACUUACUCAUUUUUGUUGCCACUAACAUAAUGGAAAUUUUUCCAUUUAAAAAAUAAUUUUAAACUGAAAAUUGAUUAAUCUUGAUACAGAAACCUGUCAUAGAUGUAAUUUAAAAAUUUGACAAUUUCAAUCAACGCAAAAAUGUUUACAGUAUAAAAUGUUAUUUACUUAGAAAUUAAAAGCUAAAUUUAAAUUUCUUUUUUGUAAACUAACAGGAGUUAAAAAUUUAAUUUUGCUGAGGGAUCCAAAGCGUAGUGACUGACAACGUUUUUGCAAUAUUUUUGCAAAAAUUUGAAAGUGUACAAUGUUGAUCGAAAAUCUGAGUUAUGUCCGUCGUUCGGUGGUUGACUCAUGCGCCUUAAAACUACCCGGAAGUUCUGGAAAGUCUUGCAGCCAUUCCAAAAUUUUCGGGCCAUUCAGAAACGAUAUUUAAUGUCAAAUCGGAAGAAUUGUUGAAUCGACAGUUGCUCUCACAGUUUACGAACCGUUGUUAUAUAUUUUCUCUUUUCGACAACUUUAUUUUCUACUCCGAUAAUAGAUGUUUUGUUUGUUUGAAUGGCGAGAUAUUCGUGAACUAAACUAGCAACUGUUUUGUCCUAUAAAAUGAAUUGAACAGGAUUCAAAAGAUGUUUUGUACAAAAACGUUGAGAAAUUUAAUCGAAAUUAGAUCAACGAUUAGUAAACAUUUGACAUAUAAGAUUUCUUUGAUUUAGAUUGUUCAAAUUAGAUAUUAUUCAUUAAUUAAACUAACGUAGUUGAUUAAUGAACGAAAGAUUGAGUUCGAAGAUUCUUAUGUUCAAAACGAAUGACGAAAAAUGUUUUUAACCCAUAACUGAUGUGGCGGCCAUUUUGUAGAAAAUGUGGCUAGGUACAUAGUAGUAUUACAAGAUUUAUAAGUGUAGUAAAACGAGCUUAUUCGACUUCAGAAUUCUAUGCUUUUGAGUAAAAUUUACAGCACAGUUACAACUGCUUUUUUACGCAUAAGAGUCUGAAGUAUACUGCAACGACGCAUGCGCAGAGCGCAAUGUUUAGAAUGGAAAAAGUAAAGCUGUACUGAGUUUCUUUUAAUAAUCUUGAGGGACCCAUUGAAAGAUAAUAAUUUAUAACUACAAUUCUUUAUUUAAAAAAUAACUCAGCUAUAUUUGUUAACAAAUUAUUGGAUUCCACAUUACCAGUUAUGGGUUAAAUGUAAGAAAAAAUGGCAAGUGGUAUGUAGGAUGACAAGAGAAGUAGUGGUCAAGUUUUGGUACCAUACUCUACGUUUAAAAAUUCAAGACUCAUACUUUUUUUAUCUCCAAUUUAUGAAAAACUACCUCAAUACCUACCAAACAAGUUUUACAAAAUUAAAUAUAUAAACACUUUUCUAUUUUCUAUAUAAUAUGACGUGGAUUAAAUUUUUCCAUAAUUUUUGUCCCACUCUAUACUUUCCAUUUUAAAAAAUAGGAUAUGCUACCAAAAUUUACGUAUUUUGUCACCCUUCAUACCUCUACGCCACGAAAGAAAUUUUAUGCGCUCUAUAUUGUCAAAGUGCAGUAGAACCACGUAUUUUCCUUGGAGAGGCUUUUCAAUCUCUUAUGAUCGGAGAUCCACUUUUGAAGAUAUUAAUAUUUCGCAACUUACUUGCAAUGAAUAUUUAUAACAAAUGAAGGGGAGGUCAUCGACCUGAUUUGUAGACUGGCAGGAGGUCAAAUGGGAAAUAUUGCUUUACUAUUAUUAAUAUUUAACUGAUCCACCAAAAAUUACCUCGUGAUCGACUAAAGGAAACCCACACGACGAGGAUCUGAGUGCCAGAUAAAUUCCCAUUUGGGAACGCCUCUUAUUCAGGCAUGCGCGUAACGACAGUGAACGGCCUUUAAAAGCGAUAAAUUCCUACUUGGAAACACACCUCAUACUUGCGCGUGUAGCAUUACUUGAAGAGUGGGGAGAACGCGUGUGCCACUAUCGCUUGGUAAUCUUCUGCCAAACCCCUAGAGCUCGUAGCGCAGGAAAAUAUAAAAAUUCUACUGUAACUCAAUAAUUCAUCAUUCGUUUUCGAAACCUGAUAGGGGUUUAUAAUUCAUCUUUCGUUUACUUAUUCGAAUCUACGAAACAAUGAAACCAUCUCGUUGUUAUGUUUGCAAAAAUGGCAUUGUUUAGUUAAACUUUGUCAGUUUGAUUU